AGGAGAACGUUGUCAUUGAUCAUACCGGCGAUUGAAUCUUUCAUUGACAAGGUCUUUCCAGCGUGAUCGUGCAACUCACACAAAACUCUGAAUUGACUUCAGUACUCAGUGACAAAGGGUCAACUUCAGCCUAUGUCAUGGACACCGACCAGCAGGGAAACGUUGAGACAGCAUUCAGUCUUCCCAACGAGUUGAUCGCUAUAGUUUUCGAUGAACUCGAUGUAGCAUCCCUUCUGAGAUGCAAACAAGUGUGCAAAUUGUUUCAUUCAGUGAUCACCGACAAUGUGCAACUUCUCUACAAAAUCGAGUUGUUUUUCGGACAGUUGGAGAAUGGAAGCCGUUGUAAUCUUGAUACUGCUGGCCGCCUUCGUGCCUGUCGAGAGUACCAACAGGCUUGGAACAAGCUAUCUUUUCCAAACUCCGGACUCAUAGACAUGCAGGACGGUCAUGCUUGGGAAUUGUCCGGGGGAGUACUGUGUCAAGCUAUGCGGUCAGGGCUUACAUGCGUACAACUUCCCUGCAAAAUCAAAAACAUUCCCGAGCGGGAAUGGACUAUCAAUGACUUGGGAUUUGAGAUUCGAGAUUUCACCGUCGAUGUGUCCCAGGACUUGAUUGUCGCUGUGGAAAUAAUAGGUGCCAUCCCGAACUUGUCAUGCAACAUACACCUGAGAACUCUAAUGACCGGCGAGCAUCAUCCAAUGUCUGCCGUGCCCUUCGUGACGCACCUGCCAUCAGACAUGCAUGAGGAAUUCAAAUUCCUCAUUCAAGUUUGCGGUUCCCGCCUUGCAGUACAGUUUCAAGAACACGGGGAUGAACCUAACUCUCAGCUAGUGGUCUGGGACUGGAAAUCGGGUCAACAGAAGCUCUUCAUUCGAGACACAGACCUCCGAUCUUUUUCUUUCGUCACAGAAGACUUGCUUUUGGUCGCCGUCGUGUUGAAUGACGAAACGCCCCCCCGUCUGGACAUCCUCAGUAUCGACAGCCUCGGCGAAGAGGCAUUGGAGUAUAAGGAUGUCAGCUACAUUUGUGGCCUGGAGUAUCCAAAGAUGAAGGCCGAAGUCAUGGACAUGUUGAUUCGAUCCGAGCCGACUCCAGGAUGGUCCCCUUCGCAGUCUGUCCAACCUCCAUUCUUCUUUUCUCGCAGUAACCGCAUUUUCACCAUCACCAUGCGAGUCUCUCCCGAAAUCAAUUCCACCGAAGAGUGUACUGUGCUUAUCGUUCCAUUAUCCACUGUCAUGGCCCAGGUUGAAUCGUCCCACGAUGCACCGAAGCGUAUUGUCCCAUGGACGCAAUGGGGCCCAAAUGGCUCUCAUAUGCUCCUUCGCAGCCCGUCCGACGCCUGGGUUUGCUACGUCUACGGCAUGAAGUUCGUCCAACUUCUGCGAUGGAAUCAAGGAAAUCGUGCAAGAGUGUAUGAUUUCAACAAGCACUCAGCGAGGAGGGAUGUUCUAAAUGAACAAAAAACGGAACCGAAGCUUCCGUGGAAGCGCUUAGGAAUGGCGCAGUCGCUGAAUUCGCGGUGUUCCGCCUUUGAUGAAGAAGUGUUCACUUAUCUUCCUGGCCGUGUUGCGAUUGCAGAUAUGAUGCCAAGCAAUGCACCUCACAACUGGGAGGCGGCUAUGAUCGGUGAAGACAACAUCGUCCUGGUUUCUCCUCAUGCUAGGAAGUAUGGCUAUGUCGCCAUGUAAAUCGGGAGCUUGCCGCUCUGGACGGUCGGUAUCUUUGACACUGUUUCUCUAACACGCUUGAAUUUCAAUCAAUUUGUAUACUACUAGGUCUAAUCAAUUGCGCCUUGCAAGAUGGAUGGCACCCUCCUGCCGUCAGUGACACUCAGUUUGGGCCUUGUUGUCUCCCAGACGCCAUGACGAAUAUUUUUAGUGCGCAAAGGGAAGAUUAUCUUGUUUACGAUUCAGUUUGCAAAUCCCGAUGAUUUCCGUGGACUUAAAGAACGUCAUCUUUCGUAGUGUGGCGGUUUCUCUGCCCAUUCACGACAAAUGCAUACUGAUAUGAAUCCACUACGGCAAGAUUUUUGGCUGUUGGACUAUUUGAAAUUUGAAAUUUGAACCUGGAAACCCGCCACAACACGAUGCUCUCGUC